GGCGGCGGGUGCGGGAGCGGCGCGAUGUCGGGGGUGGUGCGGAGCCUGGGCCGCUGCCUGCUGCCGGCGGGCUCUCCGGGGUCCCCCCCGACCGGCCGGGGGUCGGAGCGGGAGGCGCGGCGCCGCAGCCGCGAGAUCGACGCGCUGCUGGCCCGGGAGCGCCGCGCCGUGCGGCGGCUGGUCAAGAUCCUGCUGCUGGGCGCCGGCGAGAGCGGCAAGUCCACCUUCCUCAAGCAGAUGCGCAUCAUCCACGGACGCGAGUUCGACCAGAAGGCGCUGCUCGACUUCCGCGACACCAUCUUCGACAACAUCCUCAAGGGCUCAAGGGUUCUGGUUGAUGCACGAGAUAAACUAGGAAUCCCCUGGCAGUACUCUGAGAACGAGAAGCAUGGGAUGUUCUUGAUGUCCUUUGAGAAUAAAGCAGGAAUGCCCGUGGAGCCUGCCACAUUUCAGCUGUACGUCCCUGCCCUGAGUGCUCUAUGGCGGGAUUCUGGCAUCAAGGAGGCUUUUAGUCGUCGGAGUGAAUAUCAACUGGGUGAAUCGGUGAAAUACUUCCUAGAUAAUUUGGAUCGGAUUGGCCAGCUGAAUUAUUUUCCUAGCAAGCAAGACAUUCUGCUGGCCAGGAAAGCCACCAAGGGGAUUGUGGAACAUGACUUCAUCAUUAAAAAAAUCCCCUUCAAGAUGGUGGAUGUGGGUGGGCAGAGAUCACAACGUCAGAAGUGGUUCCAGUGCUUCGAUGGGAUUACAUCGAUUCUAUUCAUGGUCUCCUCCAGUGAAUAUGACCAGGUCCUCAUGGAGGACAGGCGCACCAACCGGCUGGUGGAGUCGAUGAACAUCUUUGAGACGAUAGUCAACAACAAGCUCUUUUUCAAUGUUUCCAUCAUCCUGUUCCUCAAUAAAAUGGACCUCCUGGUGGAGAAAGUGAAGACAGUCAGCAUUAAGAAGCACUUUUCGGACUUCAAGGGCGACCCGCAUAGGCUGGAGGACGUUCAGCGCUACCUGGUCCAAUGUUUUGAUAGAAAGAGGCGAAACCGCAGUAAGCCACUCUUCCACCACUUCACCACCGCCAUAGACACUGAAAACAUCCGCUUUGUGUUUCAUGCUGUGAAGGACACAAUCCUGCAAGAGAAUCUGAAGGAUAUUAUGUUGCAGUGAAGGAGAGAGCCCCCUUGCUUUUAUCUUUCAAUGUGCUCAAGGGCUACAGGGCAGAUUUUCUGGGUCCAUAUUAUCUAUAUGGCCCUCGCGUGUGUUUUUAGGAUCCAUGCCAUUAUUUACCCGGCUCAGGAAUGCUGUAAAACUAGCCAGUCCAAACAGAUGAGCUCUAGGCAGAAGUACUUUGAAACUUUGAUGUUAGCUACUGAAUCAUUGGAACUAGUAAAACUACUGAAAAGCCAAGUGUUCGCUUUAACUUCUAAAGCCUAGUUUGGAAUACUGAAAAAAAAAAAUACAACCUUCUGCCUUCUUUUGAGAACCUUUUUUUUUUUUUGACACUUUUCAAGAUUCAUUCUGAAGAAGGUGCUUGUUUUGCAGAGACAUUCAACCCGAGUAGCUAUAGAGAUGGCCUUUCUUGUUAGCUUGCAGGUGCUCAAUUAGGUACACUGUCCUACCUGAAUUUUUGCCCAAAUAGUAGUUACGUUAGAGAAUAAAUUGCAAGCUGCUGCCGUUAACCCAGAGCACACAAACGUAACCUUCCGAUCCGCAGCCAGAUUCCUUACUCGGGCUGUCCAUGCUGCAUUUGCUUGGCACUCUGAAUAGCCCUUUCCGACUUGGAUGCACAGUUGCUUUAUAAAUCCCUUUUUGCCAGUUUCCAGAGUCGUGUAAGCCUAGGAAUAGUGAAUGUAUCCAAGUAUUCGGGCAUAAGAACUCCAUCCACUGGGCUUGGAAAACUAGCCGCAUAAAACAAAAUCUUAGCCCUAGCUGACAUGGAGUAGGUUUCAUUUUGCACUAUAAGCAUAGUUUUUCUUGUCUUAUGAUGUUGGACCAUCCCAGUAGUGCAAGAAGGGGUGAAGGCGAUGGGCUGAGACAAACUGCCGAUGAACUUCCAGCUACCUGUGCGUUUAUACCGUGGGAGCUUUUAACUUCUUGUUCGUUUCCGUGGGGUCUCUGCCUACUUCUGACAUCAGCAGUUGACCGCUUUUGAAAAGUUUCCUUCCCCUGGAAAUGACCGAGGACUCUCUCUUCCCCUGUAAGGAGUUCUGCAAACUGGUAAAACUCCAGUGAAGCGUUUGUUAAUGCAGCAGCUGCUUGAUGAGUUCGUAACAGCUGCCCUUACAGGAAGCCUGAAAGCUCUCAGGAGACAUCCCAGCUUCACAGCUGCUCUGAUGCCUUUGGACAGUGGACCUUGCUUUCAAUCCUCCUUAAAUCUAAUCAUUUGUAGGGGAGCUCUGACCUCCCUUCAUGCACACACAAGGACAAGAAAACCAUGACAAAAUCCAAGUUGCCCGUUUCAGACUGACGUCUUUGUAAAACGGUUAAAGAGGCUGUGAAUGUUGACAAGAACCAUUGAAUCUUGUGCUCUCUAAACUUGUGAGUUACCUGCUAGGUGCCUUUUCACCAUAUUUAAAAGUAUAUGUAUGUCAGAACUUGUUCCCUUUGGCGCACCAACUAAGAAUUAUGAUCUUUUAUUCAAGAGGUCAGUCUAGUGGAAUGAAAUUUCACUUUACAUCAAGCACCAGAAUUUCAGCACAGAGUUGUAUCCUAAGGGCUCUCAUUACUUAAGCUAAGGUAAGAGAAGCACUGGCAUUCUUGUCCCCUUUAAGGCUCCAUUCCAGCUCAUUUUUGACAUGACAGAGAAUUAGCAACUUCUUUUUUGUCUGUUAACUAUGUGGUAGAUAUCGAAAGGAAAAGGCCAAAAAAAAAAUCUGGCCUCUACGUAACCCAGUUGACCAGUGUUUUAAAUUAGGACAUAUCAGAAAUUUUCUCUCCAUUCCAAUGUGUGAGGUUCUGUCUCAGUAUUUGCUGGGUUCGUGGCCUUCUCAAAUACAGAAAGUAGUCCAUGUCCCUGAAAUGCUUUCUGCGGUAUCAGGCGGACUCUGUGGAGGGGAUGUGGUAAAGGAAUAAAUAUUCCUGAUAAAGUUCACAGGGAAGAGUCAUAUAUUCAUUACUUAACAAAUGUACAUAUUAGCUAGAUACACAGUGAGGCAAGCUUUCCUUAAGAGGACCAAUUAUUUGUGUUUAGUAUUUGUCAGGAUCCAAAGCUGAAUGGAAAUACUGGCUGUCCCACAAUUAGGUUGGGGAUAAGCAAUUCCAACAGUGUCCAUAUUUCGACUGCCCUCGUAAUAUUAAAAACAAAGCACUCCAUCACUAAGAAAUACAGCUCUGAGUCAUGUGGGUUGUCUUUGUACUGAGGCUGUCCUCCUCCUUUGCUUUAUUAGCCCAUUAGAACUUAAGCAGCUUUGCCCACAAGUAUUAACAUCUUGAAAGUCCCCCCAAAAUUGUUGUACGUCCACUCUGCCGUCAAAGGAAAUCGUAAGCAAUCUCAUCAUCACCCUGCUAAAGUGAUUACUCUCUCUGAUCAGUUGGGUCAGUGCCUCACUGCAAGGCUGUCUUUGGUAGCCACAUUUUCCUUCAUUAUAAACCACCACAAAGCCUAAAGAGCUAUAGCACAUUUCUUAGCACACAUUAGGUGUGGGAGUCAGCAGUAUCUUAUCUAUUUUGAAUGAUUUCAGAUUGGGAUGGGGUGAAUUGAAUAACACCACUACCAGAUCUAGAGAUGUCAAGUUCUUUUGGAAUGUAAGAUUUUGUCCCAGACUAAAAAUGCUAAAAAAUUUUUUUAAAUGACUCCCAACCCAUGUUUGGCAAUAACACCGCUUUAAUUUAUGGUAGAUUCAGGUAAGUCCCUUGCAUCAAACCCAUUCCAAAUUAGUUAAUUUUCCAGAGCAAGGAAACACUUUUCCUUUGAAUGUGGGUAAAAUGAUAUGCCAGAUGGUCACUUCAGUAUCUACUCUCAGCUGCCCUCAGGCCCUGUUUCUUCAUGGUGGGGAGUUGUGUCCUGUGCUCAGCCCACCUGCCCAGCCUUUCAAAGGUUUUUUGACUACAGCUUCUUUGGUGUGGACAAAUGAUGUCACCAGAGAUGGAGAGCAAAGAUAAGCAAGAUGGCAUCCACAGAAGUGUUAAAGAAAGGGGAUUCAUAGGGAAAAGUAUUCCAGAAAAGCAGGGUUUACCUUAUUUUUAAAAAUGCCGAGGUGGGGCAGGGGGAGAGGAGGGAAAUGCUAGUCAAAGGUGAUGCAGCAUUGUCCCAAGAUGCCCUCCUGUAAAAUGCAGUGGCAUCUCACGCUCACAGAAAUUAGAAGGGAGUACUGGCAACCUCCCGAAAUCUCUCGCCAAGGAGCAAGCCCUGGAAAUUACAACUCAGUUGACGCAUCCUGGCAGAUAUCAGCAGGAAGCAAAAGAGGAUCUUCCUAUGUGAAUCCAGCCUCCAGCUUCCCAGGGCUAUUGUCACAGCCCACAGGAUCAGGAAACCAGUCCACAUGACAGGAGGCAGCAAGAGCCCUUGGUACAGUUUAUAUUUGAGGUUUUCAUGUGAGCAGGGAACUUCUAAAAGACUGACUUCAGCAGAUCUCUCUUCCUUCUCACUGUGUGUCACUGGAGAGGGAACUAACUAUAGAAGCGAGAUAGAUCCUGGCAGUGUGAGAACAGAGGAUGUGAAUGUACUGGGAGUAUUCACAGAAAUCACCCUGCCUGUAGCCAGGCCAAAAAGAUGUGUAGUGUGGUCCUAUUGUCCAGCCAGAACAGCAUUUUGCAUCAAACAGCUUAGUCAUCGAUGGAAGUCUGCAGUCCUUUCAAACUGCUGCCCAGAAACCUGCUCCAAAGACACCAGAAGAGCUGCUUCAAAUUUUAGGCCUCACUGGUAACCUGAAUAAGCACACUUAACUACUUAAGAUGACUUUUCCCAUCUCCCAGCAUUUUUAAAUGACCUAGGUUAUGCCUAUAGCCUAGGUUAGGCUAGGUUACGCCUUUUAACAAAUGAAAUCUUUGAAUCCAAGUAGUUCCGUCGUUGCAGGAAAUGCAAGAUAGUUUGGCAGAGAAUGUAAUUGAAUCAACUUCCAAAGCAGUUUUGGUACAGAAACAAGAUGAAGAAAAUUAAAGUUUGGCCCUAAUCUGUGGCUCUCAUGUUUUGGAUAAAACCUCAAAGGACAGAGACUUUGAGGCUGGCCAACUUUAUAGUAAAUUCAUUACACACUUGUUUAAAAAUAUGUUUUCAUGCCUGAGGCUUGGAGGUUUGAAUGCCAAGGUGCAGGUGGCUCUGAAAUGCGAGUACACAUAAUGAAAUGAAGAGCCACUGAGUUUUGCUGAUUGUGGCAGUGUUCUAUUGGAUGAGAGCUUUUGUACAGUUGAAUGAUGGGGAUGCUCCCUUGUGGAGUUGAGGUAAAGUUUAGUAGAUGAAUGGCACGUCCUUCCCCGAAUGAAGGAUUGCUGUGUUUUUAGAAUCCCAGUGCUACGGUUCAGAGGAAGUGAAGAACUGAUAUAGGUGGGAUGUAAUUGAGAGAGAAUUUAGGUCUAAUACUGGAAAUGCCGCAUCUAAAGUGAAAUCUGAAGUGGAUAAAGCGGUUUAGGGAACAUGAGAUCCUGGGCUUCUGUAGGACCUGCAAUCUCUAUUUCUUCUUUGGUGGAUAUUAGUGUCAACCUAAAACAGGCAAUAUGCAAUAAUGCACUGCCCCAAACCUUUUGAAAAUCUAAGGUGAUCUUCCAUCAGCCCAGAAGAGCCAAAGUCUUCAAACCAAAAUACUUAUUUCCCUGGUUGGGCACUGCUAUGAUUUCUAAGGCACUUGCAUUUGCACUAUGCCAUGGCUUCUGAACCAGGUACCAUGGGAGUUGAUCUUUCAUUGUUUUUCUAAAUAUUCAAUUUGAAGAUGCCCAAAAGCAGUGAAGGGGGGCGGGGAACCUUACUGGCCCGAAUAAGUAACGUGUCCCUCACCGGCUUUUGCUUCAGUCUUACCUGUGGAAAUAGAGAAACUGAAGAGGUGGGAAUAAAAGGCUGCCGAGUGAAGGGACGCUGUUGCCACAGCUCUACAAGAAAUUAGGCUGAGAACUCAACUUUAAACUCUGUCUGGACCAUUUGAAAUGCAUUUUUCCUUGAUCAGCAAAGCUACUGGGAAACAGUCCUAAGAGAUUCUGAUUUGGCUCUCUGCUCCACAUUCAUAUUUGUUCUUUUAGGAAUAAUAUGGACCUUUAGCUGUGAUAUUCCGCUUUGCUGAGAAAAUCAGGAAGUCUUAGAACUUAUUGAAUUUCACUUAAAGCAAGAAAAGUCCCUUGGGUAAGCUAGGAACGGUGCUGUAUUCUUCUUUAAACUAGAGCCUGUAUCAUAACGAACAAUGAUUUAUGUUGUGGUCCAAAGUGGCUGCUGAAAAGGACUGGCUUCUGUCCCUGAAUUAACCAGAAUUUCGAAAUUUAUGGAAACAAAUUGAAAUUUGUUUUGUUGUCUCUGGGAUUUUAAAAACAAGUUGCCAGACCAGUUCUGGCUCCAGUAUUUUAGAAAAAAGACCAAUGAACCAGUCUCUGCAGAGUAGGGCUGAGGUGAAUUGAGGAUUUGGGGAGAAGCUUUCCCUAUGUUCGGUAAAAAUAUAAAGGGCAGCUUUUCCCAGGACUGUCGAUGUGGCACCUUUUAGAAGCACUGAAUUCACUUUUUAAAAAAAAGUCAAUAAAAAUAUUGACGUGUUCCACCCAAGUAGACAUAAUCUCAGCAAUUCAGUCGAGGUGGAUAUUUUCCGGUGGAAACUCCCAAAGCCGUGUUUUCCCGAGGACGCCCUGAAGUCCCAUCUCUCUCCGAAAUGGCCCCAGCUCAUGUCAGCCUGUGUUGGCCUGGAUUGUGUGCGCGUGAGUGUGUGUGUAAAACUUAAUCUCCCAUCAUACAGUGAGGUAUACGGGACCCCUCUAGACCCAAGUAGUUAAGAGCUGUGGCCCUUUUUAAGUAUGCUACAUAAAGAAUUAUUCCAGUCUCACGCCUGGCACGGGUCCAAGGUGUACCUCUUUUCGCUGAUUCCAGAAUAACCCCAGAGAGGAAGAAGCACAUUUACCUCGGAGAACAGGCUUGUUGGUGAAAGGCCAAGAUGGAUGGUGGGGGAGGAUCUGUUUCUUGAGCUGCAGUCCUUAAUGCCGCUGCUUAAAAUUGCAGCCUUGAAACUGAAGGAGAUUUCUGUCAGGCUAGUGUGUCUGGCUCUUCACUGACAGUCAAGGAGUGCCUGGCAGCGGGUAAGGUAGGUGUGCCAGUAUUUCCAACCAACCUAUCCCACCAGGUUCAUUGGACCCUUUCAAAGGUCUCCACUCACCCCAGGUGAUAUGACACCUGCGCCACAGUAUUUCAUCCUUUUUUUAACCCAGUUAGGAGGAAGGGAUAGUAAGGACUGGAAACCCGCUCAUUUCGAGAAACUUUAAAAUUUGAAAAUAGCUCUGAAAUUGGAUUGUUAAAAAUGGAACCAGAGUUCAGAGAUGGAAGUAAAAGACUAAAUUCAAAAUCAACUCCUGAUCUAAGCAUCUUCUCCCCUCCCACAAAAAAUCCCCACAAAAAUCUAUACUGUUUACUGUCCCAUACACUUAGCUCUUCUACAAAUAAUUCGACGAUUACUUACGAUUGAUAUUUUAUAUGCCUGCUUGAUCGUUGUGAUUUGGCUGAUCAAUUUUGUCUACAGAAUUCACACCCAGGUUAAGGAAGUUUUUGUCUUGUAGGGUAAAUGUGCAUUUUCUAUUCAUUGUGGUGACCUGUUGUGAUUUGACCUAUUGAUCUAGAACAGCUACAACCUGACUUUUUGUGGAGGAAUUAAAGUCUAAAUAAUUAUUGCAGGCAAGAUAAUAGCAUCAAUGACAUUUUGACCUACUGUAUUUUGUGAAUUAUUUAUACAGUUUUAUAAUGGGCUUUUUCUUAACUAGAUUCAAACCAAAUAAAAAUUGACUGACCCACUGCUUCACCCUGACACAACCCUAGCCAGGUAAUUCCGUGUUAAUAUGCCGUCUUAUAUUCUUUGCCACUACAUCUUCAGCUCACCCUAUCGGUGCUUUGAUCUUGUAGCGUAUUCUAUGCAAUGUUGCACACUGCUCAGAAGCACCGCGGGAUAUUCUUGAAAACAGGGUGAGUUAAAACUGUCACGUUAGCCUUAACACUUAGUUAUUCACAGGGAAAAGAAAACAUGUUUUUUUAAACUUUCUAAGUAUUUUGCAUACUAAAAGGAAAUACCAAGGUAAUUAUGAUGAGAUGCAAAACAAAAAUGCACCGUAGCUGACUUCUCCUUUUGAAGUGUCUAUGUAGCACCAAAACAGCAGCUGCAAUAGGUGGCUUAUUUUGCUGUGAUAAGGUCUCAAUUUAUGAAUACUGUGUACUAGAUCAAAAUAUCUAUUGUGAAGUGUAAAAAGUGUAUUUUAUAGCUCUGGUGAAUUAGUUUAAUGUUUUUGUAUAUAUGAUUUUUAUAAAUCUAUUAAAACUCACCUUACAUGA